CAUACAGUGAUAUUUCGUGAUCACGUCCGAUCAAUGGGAGAGUUCUCGCGAGCUGUUCUUUGCACGCGUCGUCAGAAUCGUCAGUUUAAAUGCAAAUACACCCUUAACCUGUAUAUUCUAUACGUGGAAAGUUCUUAUUCCUUCCAUUGACUUUUAAAAGUACACAUAGUGAUGUAAUUCGUUUUCAAAUCGUAUUAAAUAUGUUUUAGCCUAUUUCGCAUUCAAUAAUUAUCAAUAUUCAAAACGAUUUUGUUUCUUCGUCGCCUUACUGUUCAUACUAUACGUACAUUCAAUUUAUCAAUUCGAUAUAUCAAUAUAUGAAUUGAUACUCGAAUAAUGUCAUUUCUAUUUUAAGGAUUCGUAGUUAUUCGUAAAAUAUAAAAUUGGCUUACGAUUGGUUAAAGAGAUAAAUAACGUGCCAAACAUAUUUUACGUUUAAAAAGAAGAACCAAUCGAAUAACGUGUUUUAUGUGACCAUGAUGUUCGUAAAUGUCUACCUUAUUUUAACUUUGUACCUUUAACCUGAGGAUCUGCAAGUAAACAACAAUCAAAGGAACACUGGAAAAAACCGUGUAAUAAUUAUCCUUGCCAGUAUUAGUUGUAUUAUUAAAUACAUAAUGGAUGCAUUUCUAAUGAUCCGACGAAAAAAUAUGACAAUAUUUACUGAUACAAAGGAUAAUACAACAGUUCUUGAAUUGAAAAAACGUAUAGAAGGUAUACUAGAAAUACCACCUGUCAAUCAACAGCUGUUCAACAAGGAUAAUGUUUUAAUGUCAAAUAGUAAAUUGUUGUCCGAUUAUGGAAUAACAUUUGCAACCGCAAAGCCACAGUGUCCUGCAUUAGUGGGUUUAGCUGUACGUCAAGAUGAUGGUCAAUUUGAACCUUUGGAGAUGACACCGUUCUCAUUGCCACCUGACCUACCAGAUGUUAUGAAAUCUCAAGAAACUAAUGGCUUAGAUCAGAUGCCUUGUACCAAUAUUAAUGUGUGAAUGAGCAGCAAUAAGGUGUUAAAUUCAAUAUAAUUUUUACGAUUGUCAGAUAUUUAAAAAAAAUCUGAUAGCUUAAGCAAACAUAAUGUGAAUAUUAGAUAUAUGCAACUUUAUAUGAAUAUUAAAGGUGUUCUGAGACUUUCUAAUUUCCCUAGCAAAAGUACUAAAUAAUUAUUAAUCUUUUUCAUUUCUGUUCAUUUUUUUUUUUUUGCGUGUAAUGCCAAGUACUAGUUAUACCUGAACAAUUGACUGAAAAUGAUAAUAAAACAUAAAGUUUUUAAUAGAGUGCAACGCUUAAAUUUAUUACAAUCUUUUAUAGCUAAAAAAAAAAUAUUUCGACGCUUUGUUAUUAAUGUCAUUACAGACCAAAUACCUCAAUCACGUGUAAUUUACAAUUGUAACUUAUGUCAUAGUAUUUUGUAAUAUUCUCAAUCUAUUUAUUUUUUAGUCGAAUACAUUCUACAUAUUUAAUUAUAUGCCU